AGAUCGGUUAUAAAGGACCCAACCAUUUUCAUUCUAUUGAGUGACACUUUUAAUAUUGUUGUGAGCGAAAAGAAGAAGAGCAAAAUGAGCUUUAAUAGGAAUUUGUCGAGUGUCAUAAUAAUCCUUUGCGUAUGUCUCAAUUGGGGUUGUCUUGAGGGAGCUCGAGAACGAGAGACGAAAGAGAUUGAUUCUCAUACUAUCCAACUCAGCUCUCUCUUCCCUUCAUCGUCAUCACCUUGUGUUCUUUCCACCAGAGCGUCUAAUACAAAGUCUUCACUACACGUGACGCACAGGCACGGCACGUGCUCGCGUUUAACCAGUGGCAAGGCCGCGAGUCCAGACCAUGCUGAGAUCCUCAGACUCGACCAAGCUCGUGUAAACUCUAUCCACUCAAAACUGUCAAAGAAACUCACAGAUCGAGUCAGGCAAAGCCAGUCAACGGAUCUCCCGGCUAAAGACGGAAGCACGUUCGGAUCAGGAAACUACGUCGUGACGGUCGGAAUCGGGUCGCCGAAACACGAUCUAUCUCUGAUCUUCGACACCGGAAGCGAUCUGACGUGGAUUCAGUGCGAGCCAUGUGUUCGAACUUGCUAUUCUCAAAAGGAACCCAUCUUUAACCCUUCUUCCUCUUCUUCUUACUACAACGUCUCGUGUUCAUCGGCGGUGUGUGGAUCUCUCUCUUCCGCUACAGGAAACGCUGGAAGCUGUUCGGCUUCUAAUUGCGUCUACGGUAUUCAAUACGGCGAUCAAUCGUUCUCUGUUGGGUUUCUGGCCAAGGAGAAAUUUACCUUAACGAGCUCCAACGUCUUUGACGGUGUUUAUUUUGGCUGCGGCGAGAACAACCAAGGACUUUUCACGGGUGUCGCCGGACUUCUCGGCCUUGGCCGCGACAAGCUUUCCUUUCCGUCGCAGACGGCUACGACCUACAAUAAGAUCUUCUCCUACUGCCUCCCUUCUUCCGCUAGCUACACCGGACAUCUCACCUUCGGAUCCGCCGGAAUCUCUAGAUCCGUCAAAUUCACACCGAUUUCCACACUCACAGAUGGCACAUCCUUCUAUGGCCUCGAUAUCGUCGGAAUCACCGUCGGCGGUGAGAAAUUGGCGAUUCCUUCAACCGUAUUCUCUACUCCGGGAGCUCUAAUCGACUCCGGAACCGUCAUUUCCCGUCUCCCCCCCAAAGCCUACGCGGCGUUGCGAAGUUCGUUCAAGGCGAAGAUGUCGAAGUAUCCGGCUACCUCCGCCGUCUCGAUUUUGGACACAUGCUUCGAUCUCAGCGGAUUUAAGACGGUGACGAUCCCUAAAGUGUCGUUCUACUUCAGCGGUGGCGCCGUCGUUUGUUUGGCGUUUGCAGGAAAUAGCGACGACAAUAACGCUGCGAUCUUUGGUAACGUUCAGCAGCAAACGCUAGAGGUCGUGUACGAUGGUGCGGGCGGGCGGGUCGGGUUUGCUCCGAAUGGCUGUAGUUAA